AUGACUGUUGUCCCAUCAUCCGCGCUGCUGCCACAUGCCGCCAUUGUCGGUGGUUCUCUCGGUGGUUUGGCGGCAGCUCGGGCCCUUUCUCAAACGGGAUGGUCGGUGGAUGUCUAUGAACGAUCGCCCACGGAACUUUCCCAAAAGGGCAGUGGACUCGGAUUUGUCCAUGUUCCGGCGUGGGAGAGUUUGACCCAACGUCCCAUGAUACGCCGUCAAGUACGGGCGUCGCGGGCACAAGGCUCCUACUUUUACGGAGAUUUAUGGAGCUAUCUCUAUCAACGUCUGUUGGAGGAGGAGGAGACGGUCAAGGUACACUUUGGUCAACCCAUUACCGAGCUACAUGGAACGGUGGAGGCACCUGUGAUUCACCAUCAAAACUAUGAUUUGGUGGUUCUGGCAGACGGUGGAUUCUCCGCAUUGCGACACCACGUUCUAGGGGAACGUGCCAAACCCGAGUACGCAGGAUAUGUCGUCUGGAGAGGAAGUGUCGCCGUGUCCAAGCUGCCAUCCCAUUUGCGUCGGGACUUGAAACAUGUAGAAGGCGUUUACAAGAAUGGAAUCUACGACACGAUCGUCUUGAAAAUGGCCAAGGAUAAUGGAGACGAUAUAUGGACCAUGGGAACGUUUGUGGCGACACCGGAAUCUGAUCUAGCUCGGUACAACUGGAACAAGGACAAGGAUGGCAAGUCGCGGCAUGGUGGUAUCUCGGACAACAACAACAACAAACCAUCGGUCGUGCCAGAUUGGUUUUUGGAACACAUGACACAACAAUUUCCGCACUUGGUACCACUGAUGGAGCAAAUGAUGCAACAGGGAGAGAUACAGCCUCACCCGCAAUAUGAAUUUGGCAACAUUGAUAAAGUUCACAAAGGAAGGGUUCUAUUGCUGGGUGAUGCAGCCCACAUGGCCAGUCCUCGAACUGCCGUUGGCGCUCAUACGGCCAUUUUGGAUGCCUUGGCUCUGAGAGAUGCCAUGGAACACUUGCAAGAGAAUGACGACUUGACAAUCGAUAAUGCGUUGGAUCUUUACAGUAGAGAAGGCCUGGCUCAUGCGCGGCAGCUCUAUGCAAGGACCAGGGAGGUUUCCCAGGACUUUGUCCCAAAGGGAAAUCUCGACAAGCUCAUCUCACCAGAGGAACUGUAUCGAAGCAGUACCAGCACAGAGAAGAAAAGUGCAUAG